AUGAUAGAUAUAAUGAUGGAUGACGAUAAGUUAAAACAGAAACCAUUCAUGAAGAUGAUAACAUUUGGUGAUGAUAAAAUGCUGAGAAUAAGCAGAGAAAUCGCCGCUCUACAACCUUGCUUACGACAGUGGGUAGAGAGGAGCAGUGGUUCUCUCACAUAUCGCAUGGUGCAGGUGUUGACCGGGCAUGGUUGCUUCGGGAAAUACCUGCACCGUAUUGGUCGGGAGAGGACACCUCAAUGUCACCACUGUGGCGCCGCUGUUGAUACAGCGGAGCACACCUUGGAAGACUGCCCGGAAUGGACACAACAAAGAGCUGCGCUACGCGCACAUAUCGGACUGGAUGUAACACUGCCGGCGGUGGUCAGAGCCAUGGUCGACAGUGACAACGGAUGGGACGCGGUGAAAAUCUUUUGCGAGACCGUUAUGUCGGCAAAGGAGGAAGCCGAGCGAGCCAGGGAGGUAGAUCCCCUCGCUGACCCUGCUCGGCGGAGAAGGUUGGGCCGGAGGCGACGUGCUUUUGCGCGUCGUCUCUGACACCUAGUCAAAUACUAGUCAUAGCGUAAGGUCCAUUAUGAGUGCCAGCGGAUAGACCUUUACACCUACCCGCUGGCCUCCAUUGUAUAUUAUGUAAAUAUAGAUAAGCACUUUGUACAUUUGUAUCAUUAAUUUGUAUAUAGUUGUAUAUCUCCGAGUGGCCAGUGGCAGUGCAAAAAACUGUCACUGUAAAAAUAAAAGAUGGCGUGGUCGAAGAUGGAGUCUGCACGCAUAGCAGACGGUCUGCGCAUAGGUGGAACAUGUCGGGAAAGGCCUCGCUACACCGGCUCCCAUCUAUGCUCAGCGAGACGGAGAUGGUGGAUUUUUAGUGGGUAGGCCCCUCCCUUCUGGAGGGGAGAGCCCCACAUAACCCGUCGCCUGACCACAGC